UACAGAUUGUGAUGGACUUUGGUAGUUUAGCUGGCAUGGCAACACAGAAUUUUAAAUCUAAUUGCCCCACACCCCACCCCAGAAAAAAAUCGUGCAUUUACAUGCAGUUGCCGUAACCUUGCAGCCAAAACAAACGCGAUGAAAUGUCGCGAAAAAAACUCGUUGGGCAUUAAUGAUUACAAUUUCAUGGACCAAAUAUGACAGUUUGAUUUUGGAGAAGGAAGUCAAUGCUUCUUGACGUAGAGACGAUCGUCCUGUCGUCGCAGAUUAAAGACGACUGGCCGGGAUACAGUCUGGAUUUGUUCACCUACCCGGAGCACUACCAUGACGACAUCGACAACGUUUACAUUCCACACGGCGUGGUCAUGAACAGAAUCGAACGGCUGGCCCGCUACAUCGUGGAUGAUUUUGUGGAUGACAACAUUAUGGUGCUAUGCGUGUUGAAGGGUGGCUACAAGUUCUGCGCCGACCUGGUGGAGUGCAUCAAGGUGUUGGGAUGCAACUCCAACAAAUACCUGGAGACCCGCGUGGAGUUCAUCCGACUCAAGAGCUACCUGAAUGACCAAUCGACAGAGGAUCUGCACAUCAUCGGCAGCCGAGACCUGUCCUUCUUACGUGGAAAGAGCGUGCUCAUCGUUGAGGCCAUUGUUGAUACCGGCAAGACAAUGAAGACCCUUCGGAAGCAUGUGGAGACUUUCCAACCCAAGAUGGUCAAGGUCGCGGGUCUGCUGGUGAAGAGGGCUCCCAACAUGGACGAGAACCUGACGGAUUAUGUGGGAUUCGAAAUCCCCAACCGCUUCGUGGUGGGCUACGCUUUGGAUUACAACGAGUACUUCCGCGACCUGAACCAUAUCUGUGUCAUCAGCAAGAGCGGCAAGCAGAAGUACAAGGUUUGAUUCAACAUCCCAAUGGAAAUAAAUUCUGUGUCCAAACCACAAAAUAUAUACAUUUGUCCAUCUUUGAA